AUGCCGGAUGCACAUACACACGCGACGAGCUCGUCCCGGCACGGCUCUUCGCCUCAUGGUCGGCCGCAGCACGCGGGGGUGAGCGGAGGGCCCGCGGGCCAUGAUGUUAUUUUGGAGAGCCUGGCGGCCCAACAUCGGAGUCUCAGGCGGAUGGACAGUGUUAGGCACGGCGUCGUGUUCCAGAUGAUGCCGCGGGGGUUUCGGCAGCGGUACAACAACGAGCUGCGCAGACGGGGGGAUCAGCUCGCGCACCAGUAUGGCCAGCGCCAGGACGAGCUGGCGCAGGAGCAGGCGUUGGCCCAGGGUCCCUUUGCGCCGGGCGAAGUGUACGAGUACAUUCACCACUCGCGGUGGGCUGCGGUCGCCGAGAAUGAGCAGUUGACCGACGUCAAGUGGUCGGAGUGGGCGCAGGGCUUGCUGGAAGAAGAGAGCCAGGACCCGGAGCAGGCGGGCAAAUCUGACAAGAAGAAGAAGAGAGGAAAGAAGAAGAAGAAGAAGCACAGCGGCCGAGGCUAA